GUUUAUUUGUUGGUUGGCCAAUAAUUCCUUGAAAAGCACAAGACAGAUGAUAAUUGCAGCUCAACAGAUUUGAUGUCCAUGGAAUCAAAGUGGUACAACGUUGAAUCUGUUCCAGAAAGCCAUAUUUUCCUAAUGGAGGAUAGAGCUGGCAACGAAGCAAUCCCUAUAUGUCACACAAUCCCAAUCAUUGACCUUGCCAAUUCAAAAACACUUGACAAAAUCAUGCAAGCUAGCAAAGAAUAUGGUUUUUUCCAGGUGACAAAUCAUGGAGUGGCUGAGGAUGUGAUAGGUGAGGCGGUACAUGUGUUGGAGGAGCUAUUUCAGCUGGAAAGUGAAGAAAUAUCAAAGGAUGCUAAUACAAAUGGAUGGGUGUAUAUGGGAAGCACCAGUUUUUCCGUAAAGGGUGCUCAUCUGUGGAGGGAUAAUAUCAAGCAUCCAUGCCACCCUUUGGAGGAGUCCGUGCAACAUUGGUCCCACAACCCCACUCGAUACAGACAAGUAGUGGCAAGGUACAUAGAGGGAAUAAGGAGGGUGAGUCUGAGAAUUUUGGAAGUUAUAUGUCAAGGAUUAGGGCUUGAAAAGGGAUACCUUGGAGACAUGAGCCAAGUACAAUUUCUUACAGCAAGCCACUACCCGGCCUGCCCCGACCCGACUUUGACACUUGGGCUUCUCCCCCAUUUGGAUCACAGCUUCAUCACACUAUUGUAUCAAGGAAAUGUUGGAGGUCUUCAAGUGAUGCUAAAUGGAAAGUGGAUGGGGGUUGAGUAUGUACCUAAUGCCUUUGUAGUCAACAUUGGCACCCAAAUUCAGAUUAUUAGCAAUGGGAAGCUAACAAGUGCGGAGCAUAGGGUGGUGGCGAAUCGAGUGCAAGGAAGAACAACCAUUGCGACAUUCAUCAAUCCUAAGGAAGACUGCAUAAUUGAACCUGCAUCAAAAUUAUUUGCCACUCCUCUCUAUCCAUCACUCUCAUUUAAGGAAUUUGUUAAUGUUUCUAAACCUUUUGGUCCUUUCACUGAUGCACUUACCCUCCAAAAAUAAUGUCUAAUGCUUGUGAUCAAUGCUUUUUCCAGGUUAUAAUACAUUAUCCCAAUCCAGAUUAGAGUAGGAUCAAUAACAUUUGUAUUACUUAUCAUUCAUCUCAUCAUCAUGAUGCUACUUUGCUUUUUUUAGACA